AUUCCUCACUGGGUUCCCCAUUGGGUUCCAUACUGGGUUCCCCAUUGGGCUCCGUACUGGGUUCCCCAUUGGGUUCCCCAUUGAGUCCCACAUUGGGUUCCAUAUUGGCUUCCCCAUUGGCUUCCCCAUUGGGUUCCAUUCUGGGUUCCCCAUUGGAUUCCAUAUUGGCUUCUCCAUUGGCUUCCCCAUUGGGUUCCAUACUGGGUUCCCCAUUGGGUUCCAUAUUGGGUUCCAUACUGGGUUCCCCAUUGGGCUCCAUGUUGGGUUCCCCAUUGGGUUCCAUACUGGGUUCCAUAUUGGCUUCCCCAUUGGGUUCCUCAUUGGGCUCCAUAUUGGGUUCCCUCUUGGGUUCCAUGUUUGGUGCCCAUUGGGUUCCAUACUGGGCUCCCCAUUGGGUUCCAUAUUGGGUUCCUCAUUGGGCUCCAUAUUGGGUUCCCCAUUGGGUUCCAUGUUGGGUUCCCCAUUGGGCUCCCUAUUGGGUUCUAUUUUGGCUUCCCUAUUGGGUUCCACAGUGGUUUCCACAUUGGGUUCCCCAUUGGGUUCCCUACUGGCUUCCCGAUUGCGUUCCAUGUUGGGUUCCCCACUGGUUUCCAUUGGGUUCCAUUUUGGCUUCCCCAUUGGGUUUCACAUUGGUUUUCACAUUGGGUUCCAUACUGGGUUCCCCAUUGGCUUCCCCAUUGGGUUCUCUCUUGGGUUCCAUGUUGGGUUCCCCAUUGGGUUCCAUGCUGGGUUCCAUGUUGGGUUCCCCAUUGGGUUCUCUCUUGGGUUCCAUGUUGGGUUCCCCAUUGGGUUCCAUGCUGGGUUCCAUGUUGGGUUCCCCAUUGGGUUCCAUGCUGGGUUCCCCAUUGGCUUGCACAUUGGGUUCCCCAUUGGAUUCCCCAUUCGCUUCCCCAUUGGGUUCCCCAUUGGAUUCCCCAUUCGCUUCCCCAUUGGGUUCCCCAUUGGGCUCCAUAUUGGGUUCCCCAUUGGGUUCCAUAUUGGGUUCCCCAUUGGCUUCCCCAUUGGGUUCUCUCUUGGGUUCCAUGUUGGGUUCCCCAUUGGGUUCCAUGCUGGGUUCCCCAUUGGGUUCCCCAUUGGCUUCCCCAUUGCCCACCCCAUAUCUUCCCCACCUCGCCCCUCUCCCCGCAGGCGGUGACGCGCGGUUGCGAAGCCCGGGAGCUGGCGUUGCCCCGCGGCGCCGGGGGUCGCUUGGGGUUCCGGAUCGACCGCGCCGGCGUGGUGACGUCGGUGCAACGCUUCUCCUUCGCCGAAGUGGCGGGGCUGCGCCCGGGG